AUGAUUCGGGCUUUGGAUUCCCAUAAAUUAGGAAUCAUGUUACUGGAAAGGAACUUUCAACAUAUCUUUGCCAUCUUAAUAGCCAUUGAGGAGAUCAACCAAAACUCCCUGCUGUUGCCCAAUAUUACUCUCGGCUACAGCAUCUACGAAAAUUGUUUCAGCACAAGGACAACCUAUGAAGCCAUCAUAGAUAUACUUUCUUCCAGUCAUGGGAUGGUCCCUAAUUUCAAGUGUGGAAGGGAAGACAGUCCCUUGGCUGUGAUUCAAGGAGGGGACUUUGAAACCUUCUUUCAGAUGGCUACCAUGUUAAGUAUUUACAAGAUCCCUCAGCUCACUUAUGGCUUUGUUAACCACAUUCUGAGUGAUAAAGCCCAGUUCCCUUCCUCUUUCUGGAUGAGCCCAAAGGAAACCCCACAGUAUGUGGGGAUCAUGAAGCUGCUCCUGCAUUUUCAGUGGACAUGGAUUGGACUCGUUGCCCCAAAACAUGAUGGCGGAGAUUGGUUUAUGAAGACCAUUGAGACAAUGGUCUUCAGGAGCGGGAUCUGUGUAGCCUUCACAUUUAAGGUUCCACAAAUUCAUAUUGAGAAGCUUAAUGAUUUUUAUGAGGUAUUCUCGCGUUUUGAUGCUCUCCUUACACACUGGACAAGCAAGGUGCUCAUUUAUUAUGGGGAUCUUGACACAAUGCUUCUGUUGCCUCUUAUGUUGUCCAACAUUGAAGAAGCCAAUCAAACCCCUCUGGGGAAAGUUUGGAUCUCCACAGCUUUGUGGGGUUUCACCUUAAGCACAACUUUUAGAUACUGGGACAUCAAACCCUUCCAUGGAGCACUAACCUUCUCCAUCCAGGGAAACCAAAGAUCUGAAUUCCAUGAUCUUAUUUUGAUUCAAGAUGAUUCCCUUGAAUCAAUUUGGUCAGAAAUGUUUGACUUCCAUGAUUCCAACUAUAGAUUGUCAAGGAAGACAUGGAAAAGGGGCCUUGUGAGAAGAAACAUGGCAGGCUUCCUCCCAGGUUGGCCCGAGAAAGGAAUGUCCCCAGAGAGCUACAACAUCUACCACGCAGUCUAUGCUGUGGCACACGCCCUCCAGGAUAUCUUCACAUCCUUAUCUAGCCAUGUUGUCAUUCCAAGAGAAGACAAGGUAGAUCUUCCAAACCUUCUACAACCAUGGCAGCUUCACCCUUUUUUGAAAACUGUCUGCUUUAACACUAUAAUCGGAGAAGAGAUAUUUUUUGAUGAAGAUGGGGAGUUGGUGGCCAACUAUGACAUUGUGAAUUUGGCUGUAUUUCCAAACAAGUCAGCUGUACGGAAGACCGUGGGAAAACUAGAUCUAACUAGAUCUACAGGUCUAGUGAUGAGCAUUCAGGAAGAGGCCGUUGUGUGGCCCAGCUCAUUUAAUCAGACAAGGCCUCGUUCGGUCUGUACCGAACGCUGCCAACCAGGAUACCGAAAAGUGAUCCCUGAAGGACGCCAAGUAUGCUGCCAUGAUUGUGCCCCUUGCAGAGGAGGGACAAUUUCUACCCAAACAGAUGCAGUUGAUUGUCAUGAGUGCGCCAAAGAUCAAUAUCCAAACUAUGGCAGAGAUCAAUGUAUCCCCAAGAUUAUAGUCUUUUUAGCCUAUGAUGAAUGUCUGGGAAUCACUCUGAGUUUCUUUGCCCUGUGCUUAAGUCUAGCUACAGUUCUGAUUUUAGGAAUCUUCAUUAAAUACCUAGACACACCAUUGGUCAAAGCCAACAACCAAAAGCUCACCUACACCAUCCUCAUCUCCCUCCUGCUUUGCUCCUUAUCCUCCUUCUUAUUCAUUGGUCCCCCUCACAAAGUGAGUUGUCUCCUGCGCCAAACUGCCUUUAGCAUCAUCUUUUCAAUCGCUGUCUCUGCCGUGCUGGCCAAAACUCUGACUGUGGUGCUGGCAUUCAUGGCUACCAAACCAGGAAACAAGAUGAACAAGUGUCUGGGGAAGAAUUUGGCAAUGGCUGUGGUACUCACUGGGUCCAUAAUUCAGUGUGGCAUCUGCGUGACUUGGAUUGGAAUUUCUCCUCCCUUCCCAGAACUUGACACUGAUUCUCAGAUUGGACAGCUGCCAGAGAGUUGCCAGGAGGUUUCAAUGAAGCCAAGCUGA